UGGAAAUUUUAUGCGUCAAGGGUUGGAAACACAAAAAUGUUUCAAGUACGAAAGUACAACAAUGUUCAUACAUGUUCUUUGGAGAUGAGAAUGGGAGACCAGAAAUAUGUCAGCUCAAAAACAAUAGCUAAAAUCAUCAAAUCACAAUUGUUGGAUAUAAAAACAAUUUACACACCAAAUGAUAUAAUAAGAGACAUGAGAAAGGAUUACAGCAUCAAAUUAGAUUAUUGGAAAGCAUGGAAAUGUAGACAAAUUGCACUAGAGCUUUUAAGAGGGAAACCAGAAGAUUCAUAUGGUGUACUACCAAGAUAUCUUCACAUGAUAAUGCAAACAAAUCCAGGAUCAUUUGUAAGUUAUAAAACAGAUGUGGAUGAUACAUUUCUCUAUGCUUUCAUGUCACUGAAGGCAUCUAUAAGUGGAUGGAAUCACUGUAUUCCUAUUAUGAUUGUGGAUGCUACCUUUUUGAAAGGACCAUAUGGAGGUACUCUGUUUUCAGCAUCAACUCUUGAUGCAGCAGGAAAAAUAUUCCCUCUUGCAUUUUCAAUAACAGAUUCAGAAAAUGAUGAAUCAUGGAAUUGGUUUUUUACACACAUCAAAAAUGUUUUUGGUGUAAGGGAAGAAAUGUGUAUAAUUUCAGACAGACAUCAGAGCAUUAAAAAUGCAAUAGAGAGUGUUUUUGCUGGAGAAGUUCAACAUGAUAUUUGCAUAUAUCAUUUACUAAAAAACAUGAAAAGCAAAUUCAGAAGGAAUCGGAAGACAAUUAAAGAUCUGUUCAAAGCAGCAGCAAGAGCUUAUACAAAGGAAGAAUUUAAUACUCAUAUGACAGAGCUUAACAAUAUAAAUCCAGCAGUUAUAUCUUAUCUCAAGGAAGCAGGAUUCAAAAGGUGGGCAGUUUCACAUUCUGUGAAAAAAAGAUACAACAUAAUGACUUCAAAUACGGCUGAGUCAUUUAAUGCAGCAGUAAAUAGGGCAAGAGAAUUACCAGUUACCAUGCUUAUGGAAUACUUGAGAAGCUUGGUACAAAGAUGGAGCUACAAAAACAGAAAUCUUGCUAGAGGAACUUUCACAAAAUUGACUACCAAAUAUGAUUCUCUGCUAAGGGAAAAUUAUAUUAAUUCCCUCAAAAUCGAGGUUCAGCCAUCUGAUGAUGACAUAUUUACUGUUACUGAAAAUGGUAAACCCUCCACUGUUAACAUCAAGGAAAAAUCUUGCACAUGCAACAGAUAUCAAGAAGAAAUGAUUCCAUGUAAACAUGCUGCUGCUGUAUUCAAUUACAAACAUCAAGACCCAACUGAAUAUUGCUCAAAGUAUUUCACAAAUGAAGAAAUGCUUGCUACAUAUGCAGAAACUGUAUACCCGAUUCCUAAAGAAGAAACAUGGGAAGUCACUGCAGAGGUUGAAGAUGUCAUUAUCUUACCUCCUAUAGGAAGAAUUAAACCUGGAAGACCAAAAAAAAGAAGAGUAAAAGGUCCAGAUGAACAAAAAAAUCAAAAUAAGUGCAGCCGAUGUGAAAAAUAUGGACAUAAUCGUAAGACUUGUAGAAAUAUUCCAAAAAAAGGCUAG